AUGAAGACGCAGACUACCAGGAGGACUUGCUGGCUCUCAUCACCGCGGAAGAAGAAUACUUCAGGCCUCAACAAAGCAGCAGCAGCAGCAGCAGCAGCAGCAGCAGCAGCAGCAGCAGCAGCAGCAGCAGCAGCAGCACAAGAGCGACCCCAGCAGCAACAGCAGCACCAGCAAGAACGACCCCAACAGCAACAGCAACAACAACAGCAGCAGCAACAGCAACAACAACAACAGCAGCAGCAACAACAGCAGCAGCAUCACCAGCAGCAGCAUGAACAGCAGCAGCAGCAACAGCAGCAGCAGCAGCAGCUUUGUUUCUGUAUCUGA